UCCUUUAGACGCAGUACAAUCUCGGACUGCCCAUCGAUUGCGAACCGCGGCGGGCGAUUGGAGGAGACAAACCCCACAAGUGUGAAAUUGUUCAUGUAUAUUUCGUAACCCUUUUAAACAUAGGGAGACUUUGUGAAAAAAAAAUUUUGAUUUUAUCUGCAACUGGCACCCGGAGUAUGUCCCUAGGUAGAGUCAUGGCGAUGAGAAAGGGAAGCACCGGCGACCUGUCGCGCAAGCCCAACGGCGUGGUGGUCAACCUACCGCCCGUGGUCAAGAAGUCUAGCAAGAGUCGCUCUUUCCACUUUCGCUACAUGGAACUCUGCCGAGCCAAGAAUUUGACGCCAGUUCCGGAGAUCCGGAGCAAAUCCAAUGCAACCACUUUCCUUGAGCUCUGCGGCGACAAGUUGGCAGUCAGCGACUGGCUGCUGCUGACCGAGGCGCUGCACUACGACCUGGUGCUCCAGCAACUGACGGUGCGCCUGCGACGCACCUAUCCCCAGACUAACAUUGACUCCAUUGACACCGAGAAACGAGCUCGGCUCUUCCGCCAGCGCCCCGUGAUAUACACAAGAUUUAUUUUUAACAGCUUAGUUCAAGCCAUUGCGAGCUGCGUUUCCAGCAACAAGAACUUGAGUGUCCUGAAGCUGGAGGGGCUGCCACUGCAGGACGGCUAUAUCGACACUAUAGCCAAGUCUUUGGCCGACAACGAGUGUCUGGAGACUGUGAGCUUCCGCAAGUCCAAUAUCGGCGAUCGAGGAUGCGAGGUGGUCUGCAACACGGCCAAGUAUCUGAACCGCAUCGAGACCUUUGAUCUUUCCGAGUGCGGUUUGACCUCGAAGGGAGCUGAGCACGUGGCCGAUAUGAUCAAGAUGCAAAAGAUUACACGCUUUACCGAAGGAUGGGAAAAGUCCCUGCGCUACCGUAGCGUGGAUGUUAACACUAUAGCCGGGUUGCGUGUGAUCCUGUUGGCCAAUAAUCCGGAGAUGGGAGACGACGGCGUUCGCCUGAUUUCCGAAGUCUUAAAGGAGGAUGCCUGGAUUAAAACUGUUGACAUGGAGAACUGCGGCCUCACGGACAUCGGAGCCAACCUGAUCCUAGACUGCCUGGAGCUGAACACGGCCAUUAUGGAGUUCAAUACGCGCAACAACGAGGGAAUCAGCAAGUUUUUGCAGCGCAGCAUCCGGGACCAUUUCGGAGAGCCCGCCGAGGAGAAGCAGGAGCCGGAAUUCGACCUCAGCUUUGCGAAUGGGCUGCAGAGCUUACCCAAGAACAAGAAGGUUACGCUGUCCCAAUUGCUGAGCCACACCAAGGCCCUCGAGGAGCAGCUAUCCUUCGAGCGAACUCUGCGCAAGAAGGCGGAGAAACUGAACGAGAAGCUUCUGCAUUCGCUGAUGACCUCCUCCGACGCUGGCAAUAUGUCGCAGGAGAAGAACUCGGAUAGCGGAUCCCUACAGCAGCAGAGCAACUACGGAGCCAGGAACGAAGAGGUCGUCAAGGAUUCCCAGAGCUACCGCCAGACGCACUUCAACAGGCUAGUCAACAGCACCGUCACUAGUCCGGAGAACACGCCUCGCAGUGAAAUGGCCACGCUGCGCAAGGAGCAGCAACUGCAACAGAUGCAGCAACAGCAAUUGCAACUGCAAUUGCAGCAGCAGCAACAAAUGCAGCAACAUCAGUUGCAGCUGCAGCAACAGCAAUCCCAUCACCUACAGAUGCAGACUUCGCCAAUGGAGCAGCCACUGAGAACACUGCGGGAAGAAGAUGAGGAAACCGAACAACUGGAAGGCAGCCACUCCGAGCUGGACCAGUUGCCCGAAAUGCAACAACGCAAGCCGCUGAAGGUGCGCAAGGUGCGCAGUGAGAUGAAGUAUGUGGAGGCCAAUCUAAAGGAUCAAGCCAAGAACCGCGAAUCCAAGUCGGACCACGAGUUCGCCAACGAGCGUGAUUUCAAGCUUAAUCCUGCUUUGAAGUUCGAAACAGACAUUGGUGACAGUGUGAAGGUUAAUCCCGGCAAGCGUUACGAUGGCGCGGGCAACCCUGAUUACCCCGGGUACAACUACGAACAGGACCAUCAGCCGGUAAAACGAGAUCGGGGCUACGAGAACGGCUACGUGGGUGAUGUCUGCCGGAAACCCAUGAGCUUAGGUGAGGCUUUGAAGCGUAGCGGCGCAGGAGGGGGAUCCGGGGACGGUCAUGUGGCCCAGUAUGUUAGCAGCCUGGAGCGCAAAGCGAGCAAUAGCGGCAAUAAAUCGGGAAGACAGCGCCACAAAGCCAAGCAAGAGGAGCUCCACGUGGAAUCGUAUAUGGGCAGCUACGACGAGUUUUCUUCCACGGACGAGACCACGGUGGACAACUCAGACUCUGAGGCGGAAAAUACAGAGUCCACGUUGCGUGGCAGUGGGCGGGGGGCAAGCAACUAUUCCUCCAUGCAGGUAUUUAUGAGGCGCAAGCAUUCCGAGUCUAUGUCCAUGGAGGAAAACUGCGCCGACGAAGACGAUGAAGCCCCUGAGGAUCAAGGAGACGGAGGCGACGGCGAUGGCGGGGGUGGAGGUGAUACUGGGGGCGAAAAGCUCCUUUCGCCGCGGGAAGUCUACCUGGCAUUGCAGCGCAAGAAGCGGGAGCAGAGCUCGUAGUUUUCUAGUUCCUCAGAAAUUGCAACUAAGCAGCCAAUUUUCAUUCGCAGCAGCAGGAGGAGCAGCAACACCUCUGCCCAACAUCAACACCGAAAACUCCAACAGUGCAAACGAACGUUCCAUAGGGUCACCCCCACUUGGAGAGCUAAAUUUCAAGUUGUACUCUCAGGAAGUACUCGCGGGGAAACUCUUUGCAAGUGCUCUGCUACCUUCUGCGAUUUUAAAAGCUGCCCAAAAUGUAAAAAAAUAUAUAUUGAGCAUUGUAUUACCAUUAAAGAUUUCAUCAUUAUUGUGCUCUA